AUGGCCCCGAAGCUGAAUGGUUCAGACGAAUUUUGCCAGUGGAAAGAGGAUUUGCAACUGCCGAGCCCAUGGGCGUUAAGGACAAUUCAGGUCAUUGAAGGAAAGUUUUUCGUUCUCCAUUGUGGUAUCAAACUUGUGGUACCUAGCUAUGAUGAAGAGAGUUCGCCUAACCGUCUGUCCUUGGAUAGCGACUCUACCUGUGGAAAUGACUUAGUCUACCUAGGAGGAUCUCGUAAUGGGUGCAAUUCUUUGACGCGCAACCUGGCCGAGCCCGCUUUCGACCUCCGCUCCGAGACUGAGAUUGCCGUCGGUACUGUUGCUGACAUGCGAGACGCCCUCAACCAUGCAAGCCUGCGCUUGGUUGAAUGGGCUGGCACUGCAGUGAAGAGUUGUAAGAAGUCUUUUGGGAUUACCAUCAAAAUGGAAUUUCCUGUGACGGCGGAUUUUGCCAGCGAGGUCACAAAGAUGGCCAGUCUGAAUAAUGGCCCGCGUUCAUGUAUUCGCUUCUUGACACUAAUCGGACCAGCAUUGCUGAAGCCAGAGCCAAUUUGCUCACGAUCCAAGAAUGCUUGA